AUGCAAGCAGUGAAAAACUAUCGUAUUGCAUUGUGUGCCUUUGGUACCAUAAUGUUAUUUUUCUUAAUUAGAUCAUCUAGUAAUGCAUCUUCCACAGUUUCUACGAGUAAUAAUGCUCACAAUUCUAUUAUUAAACCAGAAAUCCCACAAGACUUAGCCCCAAAUGUCAAUAUCUUACCAGUCUCUGCUGAACCAGGUUAUAUUACCGAUGAAGUUACUGACAAGGGUAAUUCAGAAGUUGCUGAUGCCGUUAAAGAAUAUGUCAACUCCCAAGUAGCUAUAGUCAGCGCUGCUGCUACUACUGAUGUUGUUGGUGCUCCUUCUGCUUCUUCUGUUUCUUCAUCUUCUAGCUCUAAAAAUUCUGGUUCUAAAUCUUCUGAAUCUGGUGCUCUCUGUACUAAAGAUCAUCAAUAUGUAGUUAUGAUUGAUGCUGGCUCUACUGGUUCUCGUGUCCAUGUUUAUGAAUUUGAUGUUUGUACUCAACCACCAACUUUAAUCCAUGAAACUUUUGAAAUGUUGAAACCUGGUUUAUCAUCAUUUGAUACUGAUGCCGUUGGUGCUGCUAAAUCUUUGGAUCCAUUAUUAAAAGUUGCCAUGGAAACCAUUCCAGAAUCAUUCAGAGGGUGUACUCCAGUUGCUGUUAAAGCCACUGCUGGUUUAAGACUAUUAGGUGAAACUAAAGCUACCAAAAUUUUGGGAGCAGUUCGUCAACAUUUAGAAAAAGAUUAUCCAUUUGCUGUUGUAGAAGGUGAAGGUAUCUCUAUGAUGAGUGGUGAUGAAGAAGGUGUUUAUGCCUGGAUUACUACUAAUUACUUAUUGGGUAACAUUGGUGCUGAUGAAAAAAUUCCAACUGCAGCUGUUUUUGAUUUAGGUGGUGGUUCCACUCAAAUUGUUUUUGAACCAACUUUUAAAGGUAAUGAAAAAUUAAUCGAUGGUGAACACAAAUACGAAUUAGAAUUUGGUGGUGAAUCCUAUGAUUUAUAUCAAUUCUCUCAUUUAGGUUAUGGUUUAAUGCAAGGUAGAAAUAAGGUUAAUGCCUUAUUAGUAGAAAAUGCCAUUAAAGAAGGUAAAAUUGUUGAAGGUGAUGUUGAAAACAAGCAUACAUUGGUUUCUCCAUGUUUACCACCAGGCACUAGUGUAUCUAAUGAAAAAGUUAAAUUGACUAGUGGCAAAGAAUAUCAUAUCAACUUCAAAGGUCCUGUUACUGCUGCUGGUCCUCAAUGUAGAUUCUUAGCUGACAAAGUCUUGAAUAAAGAUGCUAAAUGUUCUCAAAAACCAUGUUCAUUCAAUGGUGUUCAUCAACCAUCAUUGGUCAAGACUUUCAAGGAAACUAAUGACCUAUACGUCUUCUCAUAUUUCUAUGAUAGAACUCGUCCAUUAGGUAUGCCAUUAUCCUUUACUUUGAACGAAUUGGCUGACCUAGCUAGAAUGGUUUGUAAUGGUGAAGAAGUUUGGGAAAGUGUCUUUGCUGGUAUCGAUGGUUCAGUGGAAGAAUUACAAAAGGAACCACAAUGGUGUUUAGAUUUAUCUUUCCAAGUUUCAUUAUUACAUACUGGUUACGAUAUUCCAUUACACAGAGAAUUAAAAACCGCUCAAACAAUCGAUAACAAUGAAAUUGGUUGGUGUCUAGGUGCCUCUCUACCACUUUUGGAAGGUUCCAAUUGGAAAUGUAGAGUCAACCAAUUAUAA